UUCUUUCCAUUUUUUUUUUUUUGUUCGCUGUAUAACCUGUAUAAUAUUAAAGAUCCUCAUUCUCAAUGUCUCCUACGCCAGUGCGACGAGCACUCCAGCAACAACAAGAACAUUCACAACUGGACGAUGCUCAAAGCAUCCUUGGCCCUUGGCAACGCAGGUUCGAUAGUUUAGAGGUUUUUCAGAGGCAGCAGCAGCAACAGCAGCGUCAUCUAGAACGACCGCCUUCAUACCUUGAUUCAAUAUCUGCACCCCCCUCAUCACAGCUUUUGUCUAUCUCCGACAUCUCACCACCAAAGCCCGCUCCUUUAUCUUCAAUACCUUCGCUCUUCUCUUCUGACGAUCCUAAUGAUCCUCCUAAAGGCGGGGAAGAUAUCACUUGGCUGUUAAUUGUUGUACUUUCGGCUGCGCUUUUGAUCUCUCUCGUGUCCAUUAUUCGGUCUUGUGGUCAAAGGACUGGCUGGCUGUCUCUGUCAAGUAGUAGUGAUGGUCACGGUGCAGGACACAGGAGUCAAGGACAUGGCGGGCGUAGUUCAAAUGGAGGAACAUCCAGAUAUCCUGGUCAUGGUCCUCACCAGGUGCCUUCUGAAGACGAACCUGACCCAAACCAAGAGCUAAAUGAGAAUGACGAGCGGUGGGCGCUCAUGACAGAAGCACAACGACAGGCAUAUGACUCCAGCAGAGCCUUCCAAGCGGCCCAUCCACCCCUUAGUGUUCCGACUGACAUCUCGCUCUCACAACACUUAUCAAUUCAGGAAAAAGGCGUUUCUGCUUGGGAGUUUGAGGCUCCAUACGACAACCAUAGAGUUCAAGUUCAUGACAGGACAGAGCUCUCAUUCCCACCAAUGAACCAGUUGGAAGCAUCAGUCCAAACCAAUUUGCCCAUGCCAAAGCAACAGGAGGUUUAUUACUGGGAAGUCAAGAUGUUCGAAAAGAGUCCAGAUACAGUUGUAUCUGUUGGCGUUUCUACCAAACCAUAUCCUAACAUUAGACUACCUGGAUGGACUCGUCACUCGGUGGCCUAUUUUUCGAAGGAUGGUCAAAAAUACUGCAACUCACCAUUCAGUGGACACCCGUAUGGACCCAUCUAUUUCGAAGGCGAUGUCAUUGGUUGUGGUUACCGCCCAAGGACCGGAACUAUCUUUUUCACGAGAAAUGGCAAACGACUGGAAGACGCAUACACAGGCUUAAAAUUUAACUUGUUCCCAACCGUCGGUGCCACUGGGCCAUGCAUUUUACAUGUCAACCUGGGCCAGUCAGGCUUUGUAUUUGUGGAAGCUAAUGUGAAGAAAUGGGGACUAGCACCUGCCAAUGGAUCAUUGAUUCCCCCACCGGCGUAUGGUAGCGAACGAGGGUCUAUUUUGUUAGAAGCAGGAUCUACUAUGUCGCCCACACCACCUAUGAGACGACCUAACUUGCAGUCGAGUCAAUCAAGAGCGAGGAUCGAGGCCGCCGGGGUUUUGGUGCAAAUUGAUGAUGAUGAUGCCGGAGAGAGUGGUGGCGGCUCAGAAUAUGGAAAGAAGGUUAUAGCAUCAGUCACUCAGCAGCAUAUUUCGCUUUCAAACAUGUCUGUGCCGACGAAUGGUCAUGCACUUCCUCCACAUUAUUCGAGUGUAAUAGGUGGCAAUCGUACUAACCCUGGAGUAUUGGGGGCUCAAGGAUCUGAAAGCGAUGAUGAGACGACUGCUCUCAUAGCGGAGACAAUAUCUAGACCCGUGGGUCGUGGUCGAAGCGGGACUACAAACAGUAUAGCAAGUGGUAGUGGGACGAGGCGGUAGAAGAACGAGUGAUAAAUUUGUAGCAGCCCCUGUUCUUUUGAUCAUGUAACAACAUCAAUAAAUUUCUUAAAUAAAAAGCGUAGGCGCAU